AUGUCCUAUGCAAGCACGAGUGCGACCAGCGUGAGCAUUGCUGGAGACAUCUCUAGCCAGCUGCACGGCGGCUACGCUCAUCCUCUGGCGCGGCAGUGGCAAGCAGAGAGGCAGCUCACAAAGUCUAUGUUGAUCUACCCGCUGUUCGUGUCCGACCAAGACGACGAGGAGGUCCUCAUCCCCUCCCUCCCGAACCAGUACCGCCGUGGACUCAACAAGUUGAUACCAUUCCUCGAGCCGCUCGUACACCGAGGCCUCCGCUCCGUCAUGCUCUUCGGCGUGCCUCUCAACCCCGGGACCAAAGAUGCGCUUGGCACCGCCGCAGACGACCCAAAUGGCCCCGUCAUUAAGAGCAUCCGUCUCCUUCGCCAGCGCUUUCCACAACUCUAUAUCACCGCAGAUGUCUGCCUCUGCGAGUACACGUCGCAUGGCCACUGUGGCAUCCUGCGCGACGACGGCACGCUGAACAACCAGCUGUCCGUCGACCGCAUCUCUGAUGUGGCCAUCGCCUACGCCCAGGCCGGCGCCCACUGUGUGGCGCCGUCUGACAUGAACGACGGUCGCAUCCGGGCCAUCAAGCUCAAGCUGAUCGAGGAGGGCAUCGCGCACAAGACCCUCCUCAUGUCGUAUGCCGCCAAGUUCUCAGGCUGCCUCUACGGUCCAUUCCGCGACGCUGCCGGCUCGUCGCCUUCCUUUGGCGACCGCAAGUGCUACCAGCUGCCCCCUGGCGGCCGUGGUCUUGCGCGGCGUGCCAUUGUGCGAGACAUUGGCGAAGGUGCUGAUGUGAUCAUGGUCAAGCCUGCAAGUCAGUACCUGGACAUCAUCAGCGAUGCCAAGGAGCUCGGCAGAGACCUGCCGAUUGCGGCAUACCAAGUGAGCGGCGAAUUUGCCAUGAUCCACGCCGCUGCAAAGGCUGGCGUGUUCGACCUCAAGACGAUGGCCUUCGAGUCGACUGAAGGCAUCCUGCGGGCAGGUGCCACAAUCGUCAUCAGCUACUUUACGCCAGAGUUUUUGGACUGGCUGUCCACCUAA